AGUAACGCUCUCUCCACCAUCCGAAGCAAAAGCACCGAAAAAGAAAGGAGGUCGCCGGAGAAGGAACUCGGCCCAUCUCUUCGUCGCUUCCUUUGUUGUUGUUGUCUGUUUUGUUGACGGCCCUCUCUAUGUGUGUCGGACAGCUGGGUGCGCAACACCGUUAAUUGCAGACAGUGUUGCUCGUCAUUUGUGAGCAGAGGUCAGAGCGUUUCGUAGCGCGCUACUCUUAUUCGAUUGUUUUGGUUGGGGUUUUAUACUACUAGAUCUUCUCCCGCCUUCCCAUCUCGCUGUUUGUUCUCUCUCUCCACCCCACCCCACCCCCUCUUCUUUUCCUACCUAUAUAAUCACUAUUAGUAACGCGCGCCUCCAUGCAGCCUGCGCACUCAUGGACGUACUCCGCCUACAACAUCGCGGCGGUGGCCAAAUUCACGGCGGCCGUGGCUGCUGAGGUACGCCGACAGGAAAACGCGUACGACGAGACAGCCGAGACGUUGCGGGUGCAGAAGGAGAUGACAGACUUUGACUUCACGGAGGCGAAGAAGAAGCUCUACCCACCCGACUCCCAGCUCUACCGCGAGGACGUGUACAACUACCUGGCGGACUCAGAGAAGAUAUUGUCCGACGACUUGGCACGCCUGCAGGAUGCGUAUCCGCUUGGCUACAACGGCGUCGACCCGGAGGGGGGUCUCGGCACCUACAAGCUGCGUGCCGCCCUUCUCCGACACGUCGAACGCAUCCAGGCGGAGCGGCGAGAUUCGGCGUUGGCGGCAGGCGAUGGCACCUCGUCGUCUGCCGCGAUGAAGCCAUUUUGCUGGGCGUCAUCCUCGCCUCUGUGGAGCUCUACCGUCGCCAAGUCUGAGCAUAGCAGGACGGACGAUGCUCAACAAAACGUGGAAGCCUCUGUGCCCUCUUCGACAGCUCCCUUACGCGUGAAAGUGGAGUUGGUGGAAGAAAGCAACACCGACACGCCCGAGCGCCAUGUCGGCCACCCGCCACCAUUACAAGACAUGGAGAAACGAGCUUCAGCGAUCUCAGCCGCGGAGCUCGCCGCCGCGUCUGGAAACGGCGUCGUUGACGCACCGCACGCCUUGGCGCAAAUAAAGCUUGAGACGUGUGGAAGCCCCAACAGCGGUUUUCCCCCGUCGUGGACUUCGCUGAAGGCGGAGGUGGCAAAAGUGACCCCAAGGGACGGCGACAACGGCGCGUAUUUCACCCCGCACCCCUCCGCACCCGGCGCCCCGUUUCCGCGCUACACGUCGACGCCUCCUCCUCCUUCCGCCGCCUCUUCGCCGACCUUUGUCGUGCCGGUGAAUGUGCGGAGUCCCGCAACGGGUACCUUGCCCAAAAAGAUUCCAAGCUCCGGCGCAGCACCGCCAUUGUUGUCGCAGCGAGCCGGCCCUUCUCGAGGAAGCCGCAGCAAGAGUGUUGCACGCCGUGCGGCGGCACCGGCGACGCCCGACACGCAUGUCUCGCGCGCAGACGCAGACGAGGACACGGUGACGCAGCUAUGGCGGCGUUUGUGGCCGGGGCAGCGACGCACACCAGACACCGCCGUGGCCGAUCAUCGCCAUGGAGGGGCAGAGGAAGUGGUGCGGCCCACCGCCGUGACGGUGAAGGCGUUGGCGAGCGUGACGCAGAAGAACUUCGACCGCGAGCGGGUGCGCUGCGCGGCCCAGCAGGUCCACGUUGCGGCGCUUCUUGAACAGAUGAGGAACCAGAAAAAGAAGCCAAGUGCUGGCGAGACGGGGAGGGCCGGUGGUAGCGUGCGUCCCUCCUUCGAAAAACGCAAGAAGCGGGGGUUCACCAACGCAACGACGCUCCACAAGCGCACGCGGCGGAGAACUGAGGCCCACGCUGCCGACCAGCACACCGCGCACCGAGACACGGCGGAAGUGGACGCGGAAGACGACCUACUGAUUGCAGCUCCCUACCUGCGUGCUGCACCGGGCACUUCAACGGCGAAGGAGGCAACAACCGCGGCAGAGCUGUUAACAAUGCAACGGCGACUUAAAACGGAAAUGACCCAGCUGGAGGCGAGGCAGGCAGCGCACCAAACGAUGGUGCAAGAGCUGCUGGACGCCCUCGAAUCCGCAGCGGAUCCUACGCCAGCGAGGCCGUCAGAUGCCAACGAACCUUCUGAAAUGGAUCUCGUUCGUUCGCCCACCGCGACGAUCACCGCAGAUCAGCAGCGGAUACCACGCGACGCGGCACGCCAACAAGGAGGAAGCAGAAGAAGCGCCUCACGUCGGCAACCCAACACCGCUGUCCCUGCAGAGCCGGCACAACGGCAACAACAAGAGGAGUCGGCAGUCUCCCAUAGCGCUCCUCUUGACCCGAAAGUCGCGGCGGCGCACAAACGCGAGCUUGUGCGCUAUACGCUGCUGCAUCCCCGCCAGAUGAUCACACAAUGGCAAAGCGCGCGAGACGCAGACGCGCAGUGGAGCACCACCCGACCAGACGAGAGCGUCUUCACGCAUUCGACCACCGCCAUCGAGAGCAUCGCGCUACCCCCAGUAGAGGACGACCGACAGGCAGCGGACUUGGAGGCCUACAUGUGGCCGCGUGCGUUGGAAGCCCACGUACGACAUCGGCUGAAUGGACACACGGACCUGCGUGGGCGGCUGCGGUGCAGCUACCACGUCGCCCUCUCUCAGGAAGACGUGCGAAGAUUGGAAGAGACGUGCGCUGCGACAAGCUCCACUAUGGACGACGUCGAUAUCCUCUCGGUGUUGCUGCCGGAUCUGUACAGACACGUUGUGGCGCUCCCCAAUUCGGGUACGCACGGCUGGUUGUACGUGCAGGGCCGUGGGGAGGCCAUCGUGGCCAGUGUCAAGCUGGACUAA